AAACGCGCCGAUGGCGCGCCCUCGAGAUGCGUCCAAUGCAAACUGAUUGAUUUACGCAAAGCAUCCAGAUCGAGCUGAAUAUCCGCUUGGGUCUCUUCUCAAAUGUCAUACGCAUCUGAUGAAAUAUUGAUGAGUGGAUGUCCAACAGCCGUUUCAUCGUUUCUGUGAAAUACUGAACGCCAUUGUGAUUAAUUGGAUUAAAUGAAGAAAUCCUGACGGACGUAACUUCGUAAGAGUUUUUCACGGUUUUUUUCUCGUAAGCGAUGGCUAUUAAUACGGAUGCCCCUCGCGCGACAGGUGCGCUUGGAGAGAGCGCCGCGCUUCAGUCCUCUGAUUUCGGGGAAACCCAAAAACUUCUUGACAUCUCGACCCAAGAGCUGAAGGGUGAAUUGAACCACAAGCCGGAUAACGACAGCGUUAGGUCUCUUCAAACGGACCAGAAUGAAGAUAAUGCGGAGAAGGUCGGCACGGGACCGCUCUCUCCAUCCCGGGCCAGUUUCAGCCGCGCCUCGUCGCCCACACCCGGCGAGCCCGAGCCCCAUAGUUUCAUAUGGUUGGCCGUGAUCUCAUGCUUCUGUCCUGCGGUUCCCAUAAACGUGUUUGCGCUUUAUUUUGCGCACAUGGCUCGCUCCAUGAUACAAGCAAAAGAUUAUGAUGGUGGCAAGAGACUUGGACGUCUGUCUUUGUUGCUCAGUGUCGUUUCCAUCUUUGUGGGUCUGGCUAUAGUCCUCUAUCUGAUAAUAACAGGGUUUUGAUAGGCUGUAGUUAUGGACAUCCUACCUGAAACAAGAGCAUGAAUGUAAGCAGCUAUUGGUGCUGAAACCAAAGCCAAUUGACAAUGAAUGCUAUCCUUUCAAAAUGUAGCUUUCAGAAUAUCUAUUUAUUAUUUAUAUUAUAUAUGAAUGUAUGUUUGAAAUCCUGCCAUGGAUUUAGGUUGUAAAUUUGGAUGAGGCAAAACUUAUAGCUUAUCCAAAUCUAAGCAUUAGCAAAUCUAAUUUUGCACAAUUCUUAAAUAAUUCAUUUAUUUAUUUAUUAGAAUAAAUAUAUUUAUUAUAUCUCAUAAGCUCUGUUCAUAAUUUUAAAAACACUAAUCCAUACAUUUCAAUUUUGUCAAAGAUCAGUCAACUCUAUGCAAAACACAAUCUAUAUGUAUUUCUUGUAUUAUGCAAAUGUCUUGCAUGUUGCAUUCAAUUCAAAGAAUCAGACUUCAAUCUGUUUAUUUUUCCUUAAAGCAUAUUAAACAGAUAUGUAAACACAUUAGUAUAUACACUGAUUUAUUUAUUUAUUUAUUUGGAGACGGCGAUGAGGGUUGCAAAAUUCCAGGAAUUUUCAAGGUUGGAGACUUUCCAUAAACGGGAAAUAAUGGGAAUUUUAGUUGCUUAUAACAGGGAACUUAAAUGUAGUUAAAACAAGUCUUGCAGCAUAAUAUUGUUUAAAACAACAAGAUUUAAUGCAAUUUCAGUUGAAUUUCUACCUUGUACAAUCUUCAGUCACAUAGCCCACUGCUUUCUGAAGGGCCAUUGAGGCCACACCCCCUGCAUGUACUUACUUUCUUCCACAACAUGCACAGAAAAUAUCUUGAAUCCUGCACACAAUAUAAUGUCAAAAUGUCCAUCUUUGCAUGUAUUCACUUAAAGGCAGAGUAGGCAGGUUUUAGUCUAAAAAAAGUCUAAAAAAAUUUGUUUGUCUAAUACAUAAUUAAAAUGUAAUUACUCUGAAAAAGAAAGUAUAAAAAUCGGCAUAAAUUAUCACAACACUUUAUAUUGGUUACGCUGCAAUGUUGGCAUAAAAAAAAAUCAAUCGAUUUUGAUCAAAAUAUUUCUGAAUGUAAUGUUGGCUAUUGCUAAAAAUAUACCCGUCCAACUUUCGACUGGUUUUGUGGUCACAUAUGUUGUGUUGUAUGCUUAUGGUGUGUUUUCUACAUAUGUAAUGAAUUUCUAGGUACUCGAGUGUCAUCGAUGAUCGAAAACAAUGAUGGGUUUAUUAUUUUUUUGUGUGGUUAUGGUGGCAUUUGGAUGUCUGGUUAGCAUUACAAGCACCUUUGGUAGCAAAGGCUGGGUGCGUGUUUGACGUGUUGAGAUAUGCAAACCGGCGUAUGACAUCAGUAACGUUAACAUGCAUGAUUCAAAAACAAACAGAUAAGGUCCGCACAUAAGCGACCUCAUAAUGCUGUGGAGCCGAACACACCUCACGUCACUGGUUUAAAAGGAUGCCGUGAUUUUGGGAUUAUUCACUUUGGUAGGACGAAAAGAUGCAAAAUGUACAGCGCCGUCACAAGUUCCCUUAUAUCAUCUUAUAUUUAAACAUCAAAUGUCAAAAGAUACCAGAGAGCCAUACGAGCAUAUACUGACUGAGAACAGGUGAGAGGACGACACGACACAGCUAAUCGCUAAAAUGAUAGCAAAAGUUAGGGUGACCUUACGUGCCAUUCUUCCCGGACGGGUCCUGGCCAGGAUUUCGGGUUCGUUUUCUGGAAGUCGUAUUUGUUGACCGCAUACGUCAUAGAGGAGUAUUGUUAAAAACAUAAGACGUACAAUCGUAGUUUCAGUCUUACCUUAAAAUGUAACGGUUGCUUUCUGUAAUAACAACAAUAAUACAUUUUUGAUGCGCCGUUAUUCAAUAUUUUUUCUCGUCCCACUGUAAUGUUUUUUUCAUCUGAUCUUUUGUCCCCACCACUUUUCAACACAAACUGACGCCCCUGUAAAAUACAUUUUGUUUGAUUCGGUAACAAACGGGCUAGUUAUAUUUAUAAGACAAAACUAAAAACAGGUUGCAUUGAUACACGUUUUUUCAUUACCAUCAGUUACACUGUGAUGAAGGUGAAUUUCGUGGAAGAUUCAUAACAUAUACGGUGUUUUGCAUGUAAGAGUUUACGUGAUGAAAGCAUUGACUCUGAUGAGGACUACCUGAGGAGACAAUACCGCUACCGCAUCGUCGACUCGAGGAAAAGCCACGCGAUAUUUACUCUCGUUUGAUUUCUUCGUUUAUUCCUUUUUUUGCCUUCGCUGACUGCAUAUGCAGGUACUGUUAGUUCUGAAUGCUCUUUCUCUGCCUACUUUUGCUCUUCCUAGAUUUCGUGCCUCGUGCACGUUCAAAUCAAUCGCGUAUGCGCAUGUGUGGGCAGAUCCCGUAGCAACAGGGGUGGUGCCAUGGUCGCGAGAGAGAGUGAAAGUCGCGCAAGCCAAUCACUUGUUUCUUCCCGAAUGGAAAUAAUUAACUGUGUUUAAAACAGUCGUGAAAGGUCUACAGACACUCGAGUUUUAUACUCUCUUUUUACAUUUUACUUAUGUAUUGGUAUAUAAAGACAGUUUAAAAAAAUUUGUAAAAAAAAAGUUUUUUAGAUAAUUCCUGGCUAUCCUGCCUUUAAACUACAUAAAUUUGUUUAAAACUUCCGUGCAUGUUUGUUCGUAUAAGAAAUUAUUUUUUGAUCAAAUAAAUUCAGGCUUGAUGAGCGCAUGUAUCAGGAUUCUUCAAAAUUUGUAUUACCUUGCAUGCAUGUCUGCUCAGGACCAAACAAAAUGUUUAUUUAUUAUGUUUGUAUAUGAUAUAGUUUAUAUAAAUUUCCCUAAAUUUCCAAAUAAUUCCCGUAAAUUCCCAUACAUGUAAGUGGAUACUUUGGAAACUUUCCGCCCCUUUGCAACCCUAACCGCAAUGCAUCACCACAAAGCACAGUUUAUAAGAUUGUAAUAUACAUUGGCUUUUGUGUAACAGAUUUAUACUGCCGCCAAGGAAAAAUGUGUUUUAACAUAAGAAGCCUAUAAACACACUUAUUCAGAAUGUUGGAUUUCUUUAUAAUGGCCUUAUUAAAGGGCAAAAGGUCAUCAUAAGACAGAGAGGUGAAUGUAAUGAUUGUGACCAUUAUAUGAAUGGAUUUAUCAAAUCAUUGUAUGUAAAACUAUGAUAUUGCACAGUUGCACUGAGGCUGAGCAAGGAUUGUUUUCAAGUUUUCUUUCACCACAACGAAAAGCACAUGCAUGUCUGAAUAUCUGAAUAUGGUGCAUGUUUUAAAUUAAACAAACCAUACUUGA